CGAUCGGGCGUUUUCCGUCGUAGAUUCCAAGCCGCAUUUCUAAAGCAGCGGGAAUGGUAUCUGUUCUGCAGUAAGCACUUCCAUUUGAGCAUCAUUACCUCUGGAUCGGGUCCAGAUUGAUCUUCUUCCCCAAGAUCCACGGGUUUCUUAAUUGCAAUUGCCAACCCUACUAGUGUUUCCCCAUUUCUCCACCAUGGAGGUGCACCUGAAAGAGCUUUUCACCAGAUUCCAGGAACAAUUUAGCUCUGGUCCCAGCCUUGGCCCGACUUCUGGAACUUGUCUCCUCAAGGUUGAGGGGAUUCCCACAGCUUUCAUCAAAUCCCUCUUUCGGGCCUCCGCUGCACUCUACCGCACUGAGCCAUGGAAGCGAAUUCGACCCUGCCACCUCUUUGGUGUUCGGAUUGGCAAAGAGUUUGAUUGGCCUGGCAAGAAACAACCUUUCCCUUGUGCCCAAUUCAUCGGCGGGGAUGGUGGUGAUCUUGGCUUUCACAUGUUCAAAUCUGACCUUGAUGCUCAAAAGAUGUCAGGGUUGUCGGAAACCAGUGUGCCUACCGAUGUUGAGCUUCUACGGGUUAUGUUCUUGCCUGAAUCCCUAUUGCUUCCUUCUACGAAGAGAAUGAUUAGAUCCUUAUCUUUGGAAGUAGAAACUGGUGAUAAGUUUCCAAUUAUAGAUGUUGCUCGUCGUACUUCGACUGGCAAUCGUUUCAGGAACCCUACGGCCGAGGAGCUUCGAUAUGUCUUUGCUUUCAUGAAAGCGAUCACCCUUUUGCACCCAUUUCUGCAAUUUGCUGACAAUGCAUUGUCAGGAAAGCGAAGAGUGAUCAAAUUUGAGCCUUUUAUCGAGACUGUGGAUGUUCAGUGGCCUCCUGAACUUCCAAGAGCUGGGGAAUUAGUUGCAGUCACUAUUUCUCAUCCGCCUGGCCAGGUCUAUCAGGAGAAGAAGCUGAAUUCACAAAAUUCAAUGCAAGCAGCAAAACAUGUAGAGGAAGAGGAGGAGAUUCCCCAAUAAGUAAACAAGUUUAUCCUGAUUUAUUUCUUUAUGUAUUUUGUUGGCCUGGCAAUGUUAAGUGUUAUUUCUUCUUGGAGUUGUUAUGAGUAAUCAGGAAAAUUUAUUUGCAAAUCAUGAAUUUAUGUACACUUUUCUCCAUUAUAUAUGUACUAGAAUGGGCACCAUGAAAUGCUUUUUUUUCUUCUUGUGGAGGAAAAAAAGCUAAUAACUUGGGUA